GGCGGCGGAGCCCCCGGGAUCCACUCGCCCAGCGCCGGCCUCUGCACUCCGAGCCGCGGCCGCCACCCGCCCCGCAGCCAACUUGGGGCCGAAACUUCUUCGGGUCCCGCGCUCCGGAGGAGAGCGCGCAGCCCUGCGACGACCGACGGCGGCGGCCCGAGCCAGGCGCCCCGGGCCCAGGGCCUCCCUCCGGCUCGGCCGCGGGCUCCGCUCCCCGACCGCCCCCGACCGCUGAGCUCGGGGGUUCCCGGGCGCCGAGCAGGGAGCCCUCCCGGCGGCAGCCCGGUGCGCGGACUCCGAGACCCGGGACCGCCGGGGGAGGGGAGGUUCCGCGGCCCCCGCGGAGUUGGCUCCAGCGUCUGAGGGGCAGAGCAGACGCCCCGGCGGGCCCCCCGGAGCGGAGCGCGCGGGUCCACGCCGCCAGCCCCGCGCCGGGCGGCGGAUGAAGAGUCCGGUGCGGGGGCCUGAGCGGCCCGCUCGCUGAGAGGAGCCGGUAGGAUCUGCUCCGGGCGUCCCCGGCGGGGCAGAGCCCUCCAGACCGCACGCCGGCGCGCCCGGCCGACCCAGCGCAGCCGGGCGCUGGAAGACCCGGGCCGAACGGAGCGGCCAGCCAGAGCCCGCGGGCCUGCCAGGCGGCGGGACAUGCAGGGAGCCCCAUUUCAGAAGCCGACUGCCCCCGGGGUCUUCCCAGGGCACUGGGGAGGGCCGAGGCCGAGGCCGAGGCCGACCAUGCCCAGUCUGCUGCUGCUCGCCGCUGCACUGCUGUCCAGCUGGGCUCAGCUUCCGGCCGAAGCCAGCUCCUGGUGGUCAUUAGCUGUGAACCCGGUGCAGAGACCCGAGGUGUUUAUCAUCGGUGCCCAGCCCGUGUGCAGCCAGCUUCCCGGGCUGUCCCCUGGCCAGAGAAAGCUGUGCCAAUUGUACCAGGAGCACAUGGCCUACAUAGGGGAGGGAGCCAAGACAGGCAUCAAGGAAUGCCAGUACCAGUUCCGGCAGAGGCGUUGGAACUGCAGCAUCGUGGACAACACGUCUGUCUUCGGGAGAGUCAUGCAGAUAGGGAGCCGGGAGACGGCCUUCACCUACGCAGUGAGCGCGGCAGGCGUGGUGAAUGCCAUCAGCCGAGCUUGCCGCGAGGGUGAGCUCUCCACGUGUGGCUGCAGCCGGACAGCGCGGCCCAAGGACCUUCCCCGGGACUGGCUGUGGGGCGGCUGCGGGGACAAUGUGGAAUAUGGCUACCGCUUUGCUAAGGAGUUUGUGGAUGCCCGCGAGCGGGAGAAGAACUUUGCCAAGGGGUCGGAGGAGCAGGGCCGAGUACUCAUGAACCUGCAGAACAAUGAGGCAGGUCGGAGGGCUGUGUAUAAGAUGGCAGACGUGGCCUGCAAAUGCCACGGCGUCUCAGGGUCCUGCAGCCUCAAGACGUGCUGGCUGCAGCUGGCCGAGUUCCGCAAGGUGGGGGACCAGCUGAAGGAGAAGUACGACAGCGCGGCCGCCAUGCGCAUCACCCGCAAAGGCAAGCUGGAGCUGGUCAACAGCCGCUUCAACCAGCCCACCCCGGAGGACCUGGUCUACGUGGACCCCAGCCCUGACUACUGCCUGCGCAACGAGACCACAGGCUCCCUGGGCACUCAGGGCCGCCUCUGCAACAAGACCUCGGAGGGCAUGGACGGCUGCGAGCUCAUGUGCUGUGGCCGUGGCUAUGACCAGUUCAAGAGUGUCCAGGUGGAGCGCUGUCACUGCAAGUUCCACUGGUGCUGCUUCGUCAAGUGCAGGAAAUGCACUGAGAUCGUCGACCAGUACGUGUGCAAAUAGCCAGCGAGGGCCCACUCCUCUGGCCUCGCCUCUGCUCUGCCUCACAAAGUUUAUAUUAUAGAAAUCUAUAUAAAUCUAUUUUAUAUUUGUAUAAAUAAAUGGAUGGAUGAUAAAUAAUUAAAAGAAGAAAAUGGAAAGGAAAAGCUUAUUUAAGAGACGCUGGAGACCUUUGAGGAUUGAACUGUGCUGGUUCUCUACUCUGGGUGGGUGGGGAAAGGGGAUUCUCCCCCUCCCUCUGGUGGGUCGUCACAGUGGGUAGGGACUCGGGGAUAUUCACUGUCAGGCCACCACGGCCUCGAGGAGACUCAUGGUGGUUACAUGGAGAAGAUGCUUUUGUCUGAAGUCUGGAGUCUUUGCUGGGUGGACAGCCGCCCUGUGACCCCCGUCGUUAGCCAGGAGGCCCUGUGCAAGGUGGCAGAACUCAGCUCAAACCAUCGCAUCCUCAGGGUCUUGUCCAGAAAACCGAUCAUUUCUGUAAGAGGCCCAGGGCUUGCUUACCCUUGGGUUUAUGUGCACCCUUGCAGAAUCCACAGUUACAGGAAUGAGGACAGGUCCCAUGUCAUCUCUGACCGGUGGCCACGAAGUAGACCUGCAUCUCCCCAGACUCCUGGGCCUGACUUUCCAGCGAGAAUUAUUCUCCCUCCACAGUUCACUAGCUCCUGCCACCCAUUCCCUGCGCCGAGGGGAAAGCGAGUCCCUUGGCCUGACUUGUUAGGAGAGAUGUGAACGGAGUAUUUGUGCCACAGCUGCAGAGAGCCAGGAGCGUAACUGGACCAAGCAAACAUUGCACUGUGCUCCCGCAGGGAGGGGCAGCUGGGGUGUUGCUGUCACUUCCUCCAUCACGGGGGCCCCACCAAUGACAGGACGCGUGGCCAAGUCAGGCUCCGCUGGCCCGGCACCGUCUUUUCAUCUCUGCCCCAGAUGUACAGUUUCUCUCUGAUAUUAAAUACCCUUCACUGGAA